UUAUGACACUCGACUAAACAUGUCUGCAGAAAAAGAAGCACCUUCUGUUGCCAACUCGUGAAUGCUUGUACAACACGUCUUGAAGACAGCGCCGAGAGGCUAAGCAGCCCCUGAGAAAGUCUCACCUUUACACCCCGGGAACACUGAGCAGGUUAACCCAGAGGCCACCAGAAUGCCCGUUAACGACCCCGAGAGCAUACUGAGCUAUCAGAGGCCAGAUGAGGAGGUGGUGGUGGAUCAGGGAGGUACCAGCUCGAUACUGAACAUCCACUAUGAGAAGGAGGAACUAGAGGGACACAGGACUCUGUUUGUUGGGGUUCGGAUGCCCCGGCAGAGUCAUCGUCACCACAAGGCCCACGGCUCUCGCCAUCGCAAGAGAGACAGACGAGCUGGAAGCAUCGCUACACAACAAAGCGAGGAAACUGAGACAACUGCCUCCAGUCAUGACACACCUUCCCAGAGGGUUCAGUUCAUUCUGGGCACAGAGGAGGACGCUGAACAUGUGGCCCAUGAGCUGUUCACUGAGCUGGACGAGAUCUGUGUGAAAGAUGGCAAGGAUGCUGAGUGGAAGGAAACAGCCAGGUGGUUGAAGUUUGAGGAGGACGUGGAGGAUGGUGGGGAAAGGUGGAGCAAGCCAUACGUCGCCACUCUCUCUCUUCACAGCCUGUUUGAGCUCCGCAGCUGUAUUAUCAAUGGCAGCGUGCUGCUUGACAUGCAUGCUGACUCCAUUGAAGAGAUUGCAGACAUGGUGCUGGACCACCAGGAGGCAUCCCAUGAGCUGGAUGACAGUGUUAGGGUAAGGGUGCGUGAGGCUCUUCUGAAGAGACACCACCAUCAGAACGAGAAGAAGAAGAACCUAAUCCCCAUUGUACGCUCCAUCGCAGAGGGAACACGCAAACAGUCAGAGCCUCACCUGGCAGGGCCAGCAACAUCUCCCCAACCUCCAGCAGCCACAGAGCCAGCUAAAAAUGGUGGUGCGCAGGACAGCACCCAGGUGGACCUCAGCAAGGUGGACAUGCACUUCAUGAAGAAAAUUCCAGAAGGUGCUGAAGCCUCUAAUGUUCUGGUGGGAGAGCUGGACUUCCUGGAGAGGCCAAUCGUGGCGUUUGUCCGCCUGUCCCCUGCUGUCCUGCUCACGGGGCUCACUGAGGUCCCCAUUCCCACGAGGUUUCUCUUCAUUCUCCUGGGCCCUGAUGGGAAGGCUCAGCAAUACCACGAGAUAGGGCGUUCUAUGGCCACCAUUAUGACAGAUGAAAUCUUCCAUGAUGUGGCUUACAAGGCAAAGGACAGAAGUGACCUGCUGGCUGGGAUAGACGAGUUCCUGGAUCAGGUGACGGUAUUACCACCUGGAGAGUGGGACCCCUCCAUUCGUAUUGAGCCCCCAAAAAAUGUCCCCUCACAGGAGAAGAGAAAGAUGCCUGGAGUCCCUAAUGGCACAGCCUACCAGGUGGAGGAAGAGCUGCAUGCAGAGCACCAUGGGCCAGAGCUGCAGAGAACUGGAAGGUUGUUUGGUGGUCUAAUCCUGGACAUCAAGAGAAAAGCUCCAUAUUAUCUGAGUGACUUUAAGGACGGUAUGAGCCUCCAGUGUGUGGCCUCCUUCCUCUUCCUCUACUGUGCCUGCAUGUCCCCUGUCAUCACAUUUGGAGGGCUGCUGGGGGAGGCGACUGAGGGACGCAUUAGUGCCAUAGAGUCCUUACUAGGUGCUUCUAUGACUGGAGUGGCAUACUCUCUAUUUGCUGGCCAGCCUCUCACCAUUCUGGGCAGCACAGGUCCUGUUCUUGUUUUUGAGAAAAUCCUCUUCAAGUUCUGCAAGGAUUACAACCUGUCCUAUCUCUCUCUGAGGACUUGCAUCGGCCUGUGGACUGCUCUGCUGUGUUUGGUGCUUGUAGCCACAGAUGCUAGCUCUUUGGUGUGCUACAUCACUCGGUUCACAGAGGAGGCAUUUGCUGCCCUCAUCUGCCUCAUCUUCAUCUAUGAGGCCUUGGAGAAGCUCUUUCAUCUGGGGGAAGUGUACCCUUACAAUGCACACAGUGACUUGGACAAACUCACCCUGGCUUUCUGUAAGUGUGCAGAGCCUGAUAGUCCCAGUAACAAAACCUUAGAACUGUGGAGUGAAAAAAAUAUCACAGCCUCUGCCGUACCGUGGGCCAACCUCACUGUCAAGGAGUGCAUCAAUCUGCAGGGCCAUUUCAUUGGGACAUCUUGUGGCCACCAUGGCCCCUACACCCCAGAUGUUCUCUUCUGGUCCACCAUUUUGUUCUUCUCCACCUUCUUCAUGUCUGCCUUCCUUAAACAGUUUAAGACAAGUCGUUAUUUUCCCACCAAGGUGCGCUCCAUGAUCAGUGACUUUGCAGUGUUCCUCACCAUUGCCGUCAUGGUUCUGCUUGACUAUGCAAUUGGAGUGCCCUCUCAGAAGCUGAAAGUACCCAGCAAAUUCAAGCCAACAAGAGACGAUAGAGGAUGGCUCAUCAAUCCAAUAGGGCGUAACCCGUGGUGGACAGUCCUGGCUGCAUCCAUUCCUGCACUUCUCUGCACAAUUCUUAUUUUUAUGGACCAACAGAUUACUGCGGUCAUCAUCAACCGCAAAGAGCACAAACUACUGAAAGGCUGUGGGUACCAUCUGGACCUGCUGAUGGUCGGGGUGAUGCUGGCUGUGUGCUCCAUCAUGGGUCUGCCCUGGUUUGUCGCAGCAACAGUCCUGUCAAUUUCCCAUGUCAAUAGCCUGAAGCUGGAGUCAGAGAGCUCUGCUCCGGGAGAACAGCCGCGCUUCCUGGGCAUUAGAGAACAGAGGUUCACCGGCCUGGUCAUCUUCCUGCUCAUGGGCUGCUCUGUUUUUAUGACUGGAGCCCUGCAGUUCAUUCCUAUGCCAGUGCUGUAUGGUGUUUUUCUGUAUAUGGGAGUCUCUUCGUUGAAAGGCAUCCAGUUCUUUGACCGUCUGAAGUUGUUCGGCAUGCCGGCUAAGCACCAGCCAGACUUUAUCUACCUGCGCCACGUCCCUUUAAGGAAGGUGCACCUCUUCACUGUCACCCAGCUCACCUGUCUGGUACUGCUCUGGGUCAUUAAGACGUCACCUGCAGCCAUUGUUUUCCCCAUGAUGGUGUUAGCUCUGGUUUUCGUCCGCAAGCUGCUGGACUUUUGCUUCUCUAAACGAGAGCUAAGUUACCUGGAUGAUUUGAUGCCUGAGUGGAAGAAGAAAAACCUUGAUGACGCCUCCAAAAAGAUAGAAGAGGAAUCACAGGUUAUGCUCAGUGCCAAGACGGAUGAUGCAACUUCUGUUCAGAUUCCCAUGGAGAGCAGCAAGCCUGGUCAGACUUCAAAAGCACAUGACCCCAGGUGCGACCCUUCUGAUAUUAAUAUAUCUGAUGAAAUGUCUAAAACCACCGUGUGGAAAUCCCUAAACUCCAAUCAAAAGGACACUCGUCCUGUGGCUGCUAAGAAGGAUUGA